AAACUGUCAACUUUCUGAGCUUAGUGCUUCGCAUGUUAAGAGGAACUCCAGAGGAAACUUUCCACGAGAUUUCUCACAUGCUGUAAGAGGCUGGAAGUUGUCUGGUCUAAAGAAAUGACAGUCAAAUCUACCAACCCCCCAGACCCAAUCACCAUGGAAGAAGUCAUAACUCAAUUGAAAGUUACACUUCUGACAGUCAUCGCCUAAUCGCCCGUUGAACUCCCUUAGAACUUCUCACUUAACCGAUCGUUGACGUCGCUCAGAUUUGUGGCGGUUUAACUGGACAGUGUUUCUAAAGAGCUGAAGUGUGUUUUCAUUUAUUUUAAUUUGUGACUGAUUUCUAUGUCGAUAUUGAUUUCUUAACUCUGGUUUUGUGGCGUCGACAGAAACUCGCUCAAAUAGUGGACAAUAAAUUGGGAUUUUUUGAAACGAACUUUUAUCGAUUUGGUUGACCUGGGUGGUUAAACCAGAAAAGCAAAAGUUUCUGAGGUUCUUGGGCGGUCCCCCGAUGUCAACGGCGGACGCGGCUCUUAGCUUUUUGCACCCUGCCUGGCUACCUCGUUGCCGUCCUUACCUCCUUCCGCCACCUACCAUCAUGAGAGAGAAGGAUUCAUCACCAAGGAAAAUGCUGGUGGCACAAAGCGGCCAUUCAUCACCUAAACAGGCAGCCGUUUAUCCAUUAUCGGUGAGGGUGCCACCACCUGAAGAGGCACCAUUUGAUCUCAGUAGAAACACCAGCAGAUCAUCGCCCGGUCCACACAUGAGUCCGGCAGGGCGACCCAAUGAGCACCAGGGUGAAGAACAGCCCCUUGAUUUAAGGGUGGAACAUAAAAAGCUCAGCUUAAUAAUAAUGAGGCGGCAGGUUGAAGAUGAAAACCGAAACAUCAUAUCGCCAACGCCGAGCACAUCAAGCGAAAAAGAGGAAGUUAUAGUUGAAGACCGUUCCUCGCCACCUACACCUAAUAUUCCUAAGCCUCCGUUUUCGCCGCAACUGCCCGCAUACCCUGGCAUGUUAUUUCCACCUCAGCCCAUCCAUCCUAUGAUGCUUGAAGCGAUGUAUCGAGCUCAGGGCGGAGACAAAGUGCCUAGAUUAUCGUUACCUUAUGCACCAUCAUCUGGUUAUCCACAACGAUACCCGUUUCUAAGUCCAAACAUACUUAGUCCUCCUGUAAAUAAUGUUCCUUUUGAUAUGUUAAGAAAUGCUCCAAAUGCACCGUCCACGCCGAAAGUGUUUGACCCAGCUAGCGGAAAACCAAAAGACCGAUAUGCUUGUAAGUUUUGUGGAAAAGUGUUUCCUCGAAGCGCGAAUUUAACGAGACACUUACGAACGCACACUGGAGAACAACCAUACAAAUGUAGAUACUGCGAAAGGAGCUUUAGUAUAUCCAGUAACCUACAGAGGCAUGUGAGGAAUAUACAUAAUAAGGAAAAGCCAUUCAAGUGUCCGUUAUGUGAGAGGUGUUUUGGACAGCAGACAAAUUUGGAUCGUCACCUGAAAAAGCACGAAGCUGAUGGGCCAACUAUUUUGGACGAGAGGAAUCUUCAGCGAAGGAACUUCAGCAGAAAUAUGAGCGAGGAGUCAUAUUUCGAAGAAAUCCGGUCGUUUAUGGGGAAGGUUACCGAUGGAAGACUUCUCCAGCAUUUAAAGCCUGGCGGAAACUUGCCCAACUUUCCCCUGUCCUUACCCUCCAAACUUUUCGAGUCUAGCAAAACCCACGAGACGGAAAAAUCCAUAAUUCCUUCCGAGGAAAUGAAAAGGGACUCGUCAUAUUUUUCGGAUAAAGACAACUAUUCAUCCAGGUCCUCGACAAGUUCGGAUGUGUCGCACAAAGACGAAGACGUCACAAUGAAAAGUGAAGACGUGAAGAAGCAGGACGACGAGGAUAGCAACAACAACAACAAUGGGGGUAAUACAUGAUUAACGUAGACUUACCGACUGUGAUAGGGUUUCAAAAUUUGGUUCUUUUAUCGAUUAUUCCACAUGCGCCAAGAACCUUUCUGCUGCGUUGUUCCAUAACGAAUUAUUGUGAUAGUUUGAAUUGCCUCGAGCAUAAAAACGUGUUCGAAAGAAAAUCGGUUAGUUUAGUACUGAAUGAUUAAACUUUAUUUUCAAGGACUUACACUAUUCGAUGAGCGCGGCGUAUAAAUUGGUCAAAAUGCUCUCGAGGCUCUCACCAAUUGUGUCUUUUUUAAUGACCUAAAUCAUCUUUACCAAACGAAGAAUACCGGUUAAUUUUUGUGACAUUUCAUUAGCCUUGUAUGCACGGUCUAUUUUUAGUACUUCCCUUUUAAGGUAAAUGCCAAAACACCUACUUUAAGUUAAACAACGUAUUUCUGUACGAUUUUACAGGGGCGAUUGUUCUUAAGCAAUUCGAGUACUUUAUUGGAAUGCUUUUCGGAUGGUAUCAUCCAAAAUGCUAAGUAGCCACUAAAAUGGAAAUUUUCACAUACAUUCCAGUGGAAGAUUUUUUUAAUUAAUUUUUUUUUAUUUUGACGAAAUAAUUGAAACAGAAAUGGUUUUUGUCUCCGCAACAUAAAGCAAGACUCCUCGCUUCAAAAGUGUAAUUACGGCGAUAAGUGAUCUUUUACGCAAAACUAAUUUACUAUAAUUAUUUUCUGAUAGUCGAUACACUUGACUAAUGAUACUUAAAUUCGCCGAAAUGCUUACUGAUGCUUUUUGCGCAUUCCAAUAUAAAAUAAUGCUUUAAUUAACCUACUUUUCAUUGGUGUGAUCGCACGAUAACCCAACAACUCAACCGUAAUUUUCAUUCUCGCCUAUAUCGAUAUUAUUCGAAAAUUAAACAUAUCGUCAAUUAUUCAAUUAAUUUGGUUUUACUGAUUUAUUGGGCGCAGCCGUCUCAAUUACAAAACUAUUGACUUCUGCUGCAUUCCACGCUAGACCUUUGACCAGGAAAUUUGCAAUGUUAAGUGUUUCGAGAUUGCACUAAACUAGUUAAUUAAAGCAAUUUGCCCUUUGAAGCUGCAAAUUUACAGUAAUUUCAAGAAAUUUUAAACAUUCCUUUUCAAAUUUAUAUCAAAGUUCGUCGAUUUGCACUAAAAACUGGUGUCUUACAGCGAUUUAAAUUAGAUUCAUUUAUUGAAUUGCUUGAAACAAGGACGAAAAUUACCUAAAUUUUAAGUUGCAAUAAACGAGAAUUGAAGAAUUGAGCAACUUGGUCAAAUUUACAAAUAAGAAACCAAUUGAUUGUUGAACUUAAAUUUAAUCCACUUUUAAUUAAAUACGUUACGCAAAUUUGGCUAUUGGACCAAUGACGGUCAAAUGAAUCAAGCUGUUACUUCCUUGUGCAUUAUAAUUUGAAAAGCAAUGUACUGCGGUAAGAUCUCUUUGAAGCUAAUUUUCCAGCAAGUGUUUAUACAAAUAUAAAUUUAUUAGCCCAACUUCAUAAAUAAUAAUUUCCAUCUACAUUAUAAUUCCAAUUUCCUUUAAUACUAAUCUGCCAAUGUACGUACUCAGUUGAGUUUGCCGAUUACAAUUUUAAUUGUAAUUUUAAUUAAAAUUGGUUCUUAUCGAAAUCUCACCGGAAAUUGGACGUUAUCGUCAGAGAACCAUAUAUUACAAAGAAUAAAAUGUGAAAGCGUUUUAUACAAUUGAACCAAAAUACCAAAACAGUAGAAACGAAAAAUCUUGGCAUAAUCUCGAGCGACAAAAACUUAUUAAACAAAAAGUAGAUCAGAAAUAAAAAUAUGUAACCACAAACACUAUCACUUUCCAUCAGAAGAAUCACUUUCCAUCUGCAAAACAAAUAAUUGACAGACACCUGCAUCAAUUAAAUAGGCAAAUGCUACAAUUAGGUUUUGGUCAUCUUAUUUUGCUCUUAAUUGGCACGGAAAUUAUACCAACAUUCCUACAUUUAUAUGGUUUUUGCCAACUUUCUCCUGUCGUUGCAAAUCUUCCUGCUUCCAUAGAGCAGAAAAAAACGACUAUAAUGCAAUCUGAACAAAAUAUGCAAUAAAGGAAUUUUGUUCCAUCGCGGUUGACUUCAUAGAACUUGCAAUAGCACAAGACGACUGAAAACACAAAAAAGAUGAAUUGUAGACACGCAAAAAGGCUGCAGGUAAGAUGAAAGUGAUUCGAUCAAGCGUAAAAUAAGUGGAAAGUAAUUUUUAAUAAAUCGAUUUGCUAAAAUAAGUAAAACCUUUGCAAAUGGACCGUUUACUUUAUGUUAUCGGCGGCGGCCUGUUACAUACAUCUCGAUAGGGUUGGGCGGAAGUCUGUAAUCUGGGUUUCAAAAUCUUCAAAUACUAUACAAGUUGAUAUUCUUUGAUGAUGAUACAGUUACGUUAACGAAUUCUAUGCGUAUACAAAAGUUUUUCCACAUUGUUAUGUACUUGGACCACCAUUAAAGACUUUAUUAAUUUGCAUAAUUUCUUCAAAUUUACCAAACAAAAUCAGUGGCAAUUAUCUCGCAACCGAUACUAGAAUUUCUCAGAUCCAAUUGUAUACAUGCAGCCUAUAAAUUGUCAAUUACAUUCUGGAAAAACGCUCCUCAUGUUUCAUUACUUUAGUACUUUUAAUUAAGUAAAUCGUUCGCUGUGCAUUUGUUGAGCCUAAUAAGGCGUUUUGGAUCGAUUAUUUACUUCCUAACUGAAUUGAUCGGAUUUUAUGGGCUAUAAUGGAAAUUUUUUGGAUUUUUACUCCUUAGAUUGUAGAAGAUUCAAUCGGCCAUUUCAUCUAGUGCAACAUUUAAUGAGAAUGUGGAGAAAUUGUGUUGAUAUAAAUUAGCCAUUUCUACGCUUCAGAACGUAAAGCCAUUUAGCGAAGAAGAGAGAUCUUUCCAACAUAUUAACGAUGUUUUUGGUGAAAUAAGCAAUUAAACAAAAGGAAAAUUUUUGAAUAGCAAACAAGCGUUUAUAGAAGCUACCGAUAAUUUUUAAGUAGUACACCUGAUAACUCCUAAAUAAUAGAGCUGAAAAAUAUCUCAUUAUGUGAAUGAAAACGAGUACAAUAGUUUUCAUUAUUGAUGUUGUUUAUAAAGCGCUGAUGUACCUGUCCAUGCAACCAUUAAUUCAGCAAGAAGGAUUAUGAAAUAUCUGCUGGUAAUUGGCCUACUCCCGACUACUAAAUCUGUUUAAUAAAAUACUCGUAUUGUUCUGAAUUUCACUGUAUGGGCAGAAAAAAGUAGGUCAUACACUGAUAUUCAUUAAUCAAAUGUUUUGGCUUUGUUGCAUGAAUAUUGAGCCUACAAUGGUUUCAAGUCAUACAAGUAUUUAGUUUUUUUUAAUUACUCGAUUAAAAUACGAGUGGGGUUUAGCAUUAGAUGGAUCUAUAGAUUCAGAUGUUUCCAGCACGAAUUAACAUAUCUGGACUUGCUAGUGAUGGCUAAUAUUUAAUCUUAUUUCGAAAAGCUGAAAAAUGAACCAUUCAUUUAGAUGGGAAAUUUUAUGUAACGAUGAUAAUUUGCAUAUUGAAGUUGUUCAGUUAGUGUCAUAGAAAAAGUUCUUGCUUCCUUACAAUUACUUUUAUCUCUAUUAAUUCUUCAUUACCCUUAUAAAAUAUUUUUCUUCAGUUUAUCAAAUGAAUUCUAGUUCUUCAUCUAUAUCCAUUAUUUGCUCAUUUCUUUCGAUUUAUCUAUGUUCUCUUUCUUUUGAAGCCUGAUCAGGCAAUUUCCUUCUCCUAUCUUCAGCGUUUCAUUUUCAUGCAUCUUAUUCUUUGAACAUUCAUGCGUUUUUUGCCACCACUAAAGUCAUCUCAUUGUUAUCAGUCCUAUUAUGAGUAUCGCUUUUACUUAUUUCAAAUCAUAUUUAUCAAAUUUGUUCGUUUAUGACAAUUUCCAAAUUCUAGUUAUUUUCUUAAAACUGACUUCGAUAUUUAAUCAGCUAAAUCUGCAAGAGCUACAAAAAUAAACAUCCACUCUCAUUUGCGUUGGUAACUUGAUGUCACCUUUAUGCAACGAUUAUAAUUUUCUCAUCCAAGUAACAGUUAACCGAUUUGCUCAGGUAGUUUAUAGCUUUAUAGAAAAUGUUUCUUUUCCAACUGCUUAUUUGCGUUGGGUUUAUUUAAAGUCAGCCGAUCGCAAGACUGUUCAUCUACAUGGUCACUCUACUCUCCGGUCAAGCACAAAAUGAGCUGCAGAAUGUUAUGAAAAUUAUCCUGCCAUUUCAAUUAAAAAUAUAUCAGUUAAAGAACUUUUAUUGUUUGUCUUGCAGUUUUGAAUUCUCUUGGGAAUUUGUCUUUCUCCCUAUAUUUUUUGAUUCAAUUAAAACAGAUUUUAGAAGAGAACCUAAAGGUGAAUUUGCCUGGGUACUCUCUAGAACCGUUCAUCGAAACUUUGAUUACGACGGCAUAGAUCAGUAGUACCCAAAGGGCAAUAAGCAGUUACGCCACGGUACCACCCACUUCCUGGCCCGUCGCUAGACCAGAUCGGGUUCUGCGGGCACCCAGUACCGGGUUCCAGUUUGACGUAUGACCUCUAGUUACUGCUCGUUGUGGUACGCCUUUUCUAACACGACUGAUGAUGCUUUUAGCCAUCGGCCGCAAUUGGAAUAACAAUACGCGCAUACCGCCACAACAUUGAAUGGGUUUCAGUACCGCACAAUUAAUGAGGAACUAUUGGUGUUAUCUCAUGUUCAAUGAAAUUAAUUCAAAACUAAUCAAUCAUUCCGUUCCUUUUGAUUUCGUGCUUUGAUAUUUCUUAACAAUCUGGCUAGUUUUGUGCGCACUGUUUAUCUUCAUCUUUCCUGCAGCAAUUUUCUUCUUCUAUAGCACGAAGACAUUGUUUAGGCAUCAUUUUACUCUGCGUCAGCGUUAUUUUCGCCAUAUUCACUUUAGCUAACUAAUAGCCUAUUUAAUUUUUCAUUUUUUUUUUGGCCAGGAAGCUUUGCUCUCUACAUGCAUUGGGCCAUUAUUUAGCAUAUUAUACCUUUUUUCCUUUACUUUACCUCGUGAUCAUUUAUUGCCUUUGGCAGUCAAAUCAUAAUUCGCUUUAUAUGUGCGCCCAGACUUUCUAAAGGUUUUAAGAGACAUUUUAUGUUCUUCCAAUAUCCAUGUUUUACGUCUGCCUAUUUCCCAAUCAACAUUUUUUCUUGUCUAUGCCUGUUAUUCUGGACUUCUGUUCUCUAUUUCGUCUUCAUUUUUAAAUCUAACAUUUUACCCUGCCCUUAGUAUCUAUAUUAAAUCUUAUCUAUUUCUCGAUAUCUGUUUUACGAAAUAUAUUCUAUCGCUUUUACACAUUUUGUAUUUCCAUCUUCACAUUUUCACUUAUUUUACUGACGCAAAGUUUUUCUCUUUCCGGUCUUGAUCCGGUAAUUUACUGCUCUCUUUUUUACCGCCACUAUAUUUCUCUUGGAUGUAUGUAAAAAAGAUGCUUCUGCUUCCUAAUUUUUCAACUCAUUGUGUAUCCUGUUUUCUUCUACCGCAAGUAACGUUUCUACUUCAAAACUAACUUACUACCUUCUGUUCUUGAAAACUUCAAAAACCAAACAUUAAUUUGGAUACGAAAUUUUAUGUAACGCUGAUAAUUUGCAUUUUUAAAUUAAAGUUAACCAACUUGCUCAGGUAAUUUGCAUGAAAAGUUGUUUUUAAAAAAACUUAUUUUUCCUCUUUCUGUUUACGAAAUGUCUUCUAUUUCUGCGUCUCUUAACCACUUCACUUCGUCUAUUAACUUAAUACUUUUGUAUAUCCGAUCCUGAUCUGGCUCUUUUUCCGCUUGUACAGUUCUGUUGAUUUUAAAGUGACCUGACCUUUUGCUUCCUAAACUUGCAACUUAUUGUUCUUGUUUUCUUGUACUCCAACCAAUAUUUUUACAUCGAAACUUCUUUACUACCUUCUGUACUUUCAACUACUCAUUUCCUGCCUUCGCCAUAGUUAACUAAUAUUCUCUUUCAAUUUGCCACAGAUUUAACAAAAAUUUUCAUUGACUAUUGCCAAACCCAAUACAUUAACCUUCACUUUCAUCUACUUCUUCACUGCACUUAACUACUUGACAGUAAUUAAUUGAAACAAAAAUAAUCCUCAAGUGCAAAAUAUUACUAAUAAUUCCAGUCAUAAAGUAUCGGCGUUAACCGCUAGCAGACAUCAUUAUUUCUAAAACUCUCGACACCAACAAAAGCAUCACAAAUUACCCAAGUAGUACCAUAACAACAUAAGUACUACCAAUAAUUACCGGUAAAACACGUGCCUAAUAGAAUUAUUAACAAGAAGUUAAACACUUGUAGAUCCAUAAAAGAAUACAAUUGUCAAUUGUACGAGAGCUGUAUGAAUAAGAUUGCCUGUUUAAAACCGACUUUGUAUAGUAAGCACCAUUAAAAGAAGAUAAAUAGAUAUCUUCAGAGGAGUGCUAUUAAAUCAGUGAUGGAGUCGUGUUUUUCACCAUUGUUGGCAUAGAAGCUAAGUACCUGUUGAAUUUUAUUUGAGCUGUAGCCUUGAUUGGAUUAUUAAAAUUUAUUUGUUAUCCUUGUAUCUCUUCUUCUGAUAUUUCGUUCUCUUUUCGCUUCGUUUAUUAUUUUGUAACGGUAGUUAUUCAAAUAGUGCUUGCAGCAUCAGUGCUCUUUGUUAAACAUGGGAUUUUUCUUAUCGGUCUUGGGAUAUUUGUAACUGAUUGAAAAUCGUAACAACUUUCCAUCAGGCGGUAAGUAAGUAUUGGCUAGAGCGAUAAUGUUACACAUAGUCCAUACAGUUGAAAAUCUCUUCCACUAACCAAUUACUUAACACCAAUUAAGAUUCUGAACAACAACGGUGACUAAAGAUGAGCAAAACAAUCAGUCAGUAUAUUCUUAAAACGCUUCUAAUUAGAUGAGUGUUACGUUAAUGUAAAAAAGAAUGAGCAGAUUCAUUCAUUAAACAAACGAGUAUAACACUUGCUACUUAACGUGUUUUUUCUACAUUUAUGGCAUAUUUUUCUAAUGACUACAACGCAUUGACGCACCUAUCUAUUAUUCUAUAGCUAUAUGGAAAACCAAGUAUAGGAUUGAUUUGAUUCAUGAGUAGGAUUAUUUUUUUAAGUUUAUUAUUUUCUGGCUAAUAAUAUGGUAUGUUUCUCUUUUGUGCUUUCCUGAUGCUUUAUUCUUAUUUCUGCAGUACGUUUUGUAAAUGUUAUUCUACGGUUAGAUAUAUACUCAAAAUGUUUUUCCCCUGUACUAGUUCAACUAACAUCUUUGUUUCACGAAAUCAGUUUUCCUAUCAUGCAUUUUAGUUUAUGGUUUUACAAAUGCUAUGCCAGUCUUUUUAAUAUUCAUAUACAUGCCCAUAACAUUAAGCUUAUAUGUAUUUAGUGUAAUUUCUAACAAUUUUUUUGAUGUAAAUUGUAUCUUACUCUCUUUUUACUAUCAGCUUUGCACCUGUGUUCUGUAUUUUUCUGUUCAUUUUUGUGAUUCAAGAUUUUAACAUCAUUAAGUUGCAGAUUUAAGUAACUUGAACACAUUAAGUUCUGUAUGUUUCUCGAUUCAUUCUUCUACGUUUCAUUAAUUUUUUAUGGCUAUUCUAGAUCAUCGAUUCAUUUUCAUACUUUGUUAAUAUAUUCUGUAUUCUUCUUGUCGCCUUGGCUUUAGAAGUUUUCAGUACUUUAAUAAAAUGAACACGUUAAUUUUUGAAUAAUUUUCUUUUAGUCUCUAUUCGUUGCCACAUUUUAUCCUCUCAUACUUUUGCUUUCAAUAUCUUCUUAUACUUAUACUUUUAUGUUUGAAACAGACGCACUGUUUCUGUUUCUGUAUUUCUUCAUUUCCUGCAAUUGCUUCUCUUCUUUUAAUCUAAGCUUAUUGAUAAAUAUAAACCAUUGUUUCUUUAUUUGUCGCAAGUGUCUUCAUUUGUCCAAAUACACGAAGUAAGUUGUUUGUGAUUAUAUUUAAUCUUUCACUAAAAAAGUGAUUCAAGCAAUUUUUUUUUAUUAAAAUGAAAUAAAUUGAAGAGAGGCUCUUCAUCUAGUACAUACUGAUACCCAUAUCGAAACGUUUACUGUUGCAAAGAAAACAUCUUAAAAUACGUUUAGAGAUACAUUCGUUUUUUUCAUUUGUCAUUUUCGUUUCUGAAACAAUUAAUGAAAAAACACAAAGUUGUGCAAAUACGUACUGAAUUACUCGCAAAUAGAGAUCAUCAUAUAAGAAUAUAAAAGUUAUACUGCCGCCAUCUAGUUUAAAAAGUCCGCUUUUAAUCCAAAGAUCUAGACUAUUUCUGUUUUUCUAUCCAACUUAUUUUUCAAAUUAACUAAUUUAUGGAAAACGCGUUUUAAACCUUUGUGUAAUUCUUGUUUAACACCAGAUUUAUAAUUUUCUCUUGGUAAAUUAAUUCGUCUAUUGCAAUGUGAUAAAAGCUGAUACAAGCUUGUAGUGGAUAAUUGAAAAUAAAGGUAAAAAUGCAAGAAACGAUCUAAUCACAGGUAUUAGAAACACGGAAUACCGAAUAUGUGAAGGAGUGUUUUACUCGAAUAGAAAUUAAUAUAUAAUUAACAAGUAUAGGAAAUUGCAAGCAAAUCCAAGGUAAAAAAAAUGAAAGGCGUUACUUCAUAUCGUAGUAGUAUUGGAAUUUUGAUUAAUACUGCUGGCACAUCUACUGAAUAUAAUCGUAUUACAGGAAAAUAACUACUAUCUGCAUGCUCAUCUAAAAUGGAGUUUAUUAAUAACAUUAUAACACAAUAAAUAAUGUCUGAACGUGAAUGAUUACCACGAAAGUAUGUCUACUGGGCGAACUAUUAAUUAGAGGCAAAGGUCAACAUAUAGUAAAAAAUCGAGUCGAUCGCAUUUUUGCCAUUCAUAUUACAUAAUUUUCGUUUGUUGCCGUUUUUUUCGUGUGUUGAUAGAUCCCAAUACUGUUGAGAUAAAAUCAAAGUCAAGGGUAGCACUACUUUCAAUAUCGUGCGGCACCGAUUUCAGUUAUCAGCACGUGUAUUUAUCAGGGUAUUAGAUAUUUAUUCCCAUACUUAUAUUGGGUAUGAGUAUAUUUUUACGCUUGAUGUUAAUUAACAAUUUAAAACACACGUGAAUUAAUGUAGCGUUGACUCUUGCUUAUCUUGUGUCCUUGGCUUCAUGUAAUCAUCAUCUGAAUCAAUGGCGUACUCUUCUUUAGCAUUUUCGAAUUUUGCGUUUCUUAUGUUUAUAAAGAUUCUUAAAAAAUACUUUGAUCAAUGUGAAGAAGUUUCUGAAACAUUUCUUGUAAUGCCCCGAGAUUGACUUUCACUUCAGUGAAGAUAGAUGUGUGAAAAACUGAAUAUUAGCUACAUUACAAUUAGAAAACUCCAUGAGUGACGAUCCACUGAUAAUCUGGUUCAUCUUGGAAAGUAGUAUCCAUUAUGAAGUUACCAAAUGGUGCUUAGAAAAUCUUGAUAGUAUCAUCCCUGAGGGGAUCCAUAGUAUCGAGUAAUAAAAGCAUCUAACGAUGAUAACACCGUAAAUCAAAAUAUCAUAAAUACUAUAUGGGAGUGCCUCAAGUAUCGUCGCGUGGGCCAACCUGACUUCUCGUUAUGGGUUGCAGUAUUUCAGUUUUAUCGGCCAGUUUGUUGUCUCGUUAAUGGCCUGUGAGGCUCGAAACAAUUAUUUUUCCCGUUUGAUUUUGCUGAAAGCGCAUAUAUAGCCAGCCAGAGUGAGAAUUUAUUCCAAAUGCCAAGACUUAUUCUAUUCUAUCAAUGUUUCUAUUAUAUCUAUGAUAAGAAUUGCAGUUAUGACUAGACUGCAGGCAUGGUUCUGGUAGUUAAAUUUGAAAUUUUCAAUUCAACUUUUAUAUUUGCAGUCGUCGUUGCAAAGUGGAUUGGGUUUUGUAAUAUAUUUUCCUACUUUCUGCCCAGAGGCAAAAUUAGGGGAAAACCACUAAGAUCAAGUAGACAGCCUUACAAAUUUACAAGUGUAUAAACAUUGUAUUGUUUGUGUUAAAAUAUAGUCAGUUAUUUAAUGAUUUUUCACCUUAUCAUUCAGUAGGCCGCUUUAAAUGAGUCGAACGUAUUAAUUUGAGCUGUCUUCCUCUUUUACACUGUUUUUACUCUUACACGCCUUCAAUCCUUCUUUCACUUCAUUUAUCUGUUUUUCUGCGUUUCAGCCUGAAUGUUGGGUAAAUGCUCCUUUCACUUUCAAAAGAGAUGGGAGAGUACUACUAGUCCUAUUACAACUCUUUUCAUAUACCUUCUCAGAAACGCACUUUUAUUUCAAACUAAAGAUUAAUUAUUGACACAUUAUUUUGUUCUGCAAUUCUUGAAAUGCAAGUUCAGAAAUAAUUUGCAAUAUUAUGGUGGCAUGUAUAAUGUGCGAUUCAACGCAUAUGCCACACAAAUAAUUGAAUUUCAGUAAAACAUAAAAAUUGAAUAGACUUUUGCGCAACAUUUUCUUGUUCUUUCCUUCCACUAUUUCUUUCAACAAUAUUUAAUUUUAUAUUGUUUCUAUUCUUUUAUUCUAAAAGUUUUCCUUUAGAUUCAUUGACAUAACCCAAGGGCCUCGAUGCAAAGAAGUUAUUACUAAACGUGCUACUAUAAAUUAUGUCUAAAUGAUCUUAAAGGUCAAAUUUUUAUAAAUUCAAAAUCUAUUCAAUUUGAAGUACUUCAGAAAGUCAGCUUCUUAGAAAAUUUGUCACCGGUUCACUCAGCCUGAGCUUUUAAAGUACUAAUUUGUUCUAUCUUCCUACUUUUGUAAUCUAUUUACUCUUACACUAUUUUUGUUCUUCACUUCAUUAAUAUGUUUUGCUCUUCUUCAGCGUUCUGUUUCGCCUGCAUGUUUGCUAAAUAUUUUUUCACUUCUACUAGUGAUGUUUAAUAUUUCUUAAAGAUAGAAAAGUAAUAGUAAACGAAAAAACUCCUUAAAUAUUAAUGCGGUUUAAUAACUCAAAUAGUUGUUCGUUUCUUUUGACUUUCUAUUGCUCAGAAACGCACUUUCACUUAAAACUUAAGCUGAUUUUUUGAGACAAUAUAUUUUUCCGCAUUUAUUAACAUACCUAUGUUUAAAUUGAGAAAUAUUUUGGCGACAUGUAAAAUGUAUGCUUACAAAAAUAAUUGAUAAAACGUACAAAGCAGUAAAAUAUAAAAAUGGAAGGAACCGAAAUUUGCGCAACAUUUUCUUGUUCUUUCCUUUAACUAUUUCUUCCAAAAAUUUCUAUUCCUUCUAUUCAUCUUCCUAAAGCGUUAGUGUUCCUUUAGACUCACAAAUAUAACUCGGGGGCCUUGAUGCAAAAGAGAUAUCACUCUAUAAGUCAUGUUUAAAUGAUCUUAAAAAUGAACUUUCAUAAAUUUAAAAUAUCUACAAUUUGAAGCACUC